AGAAGAAGAAGAAGAAGAAGAAGAAGAAGAAGAAGUAAAGCGCUUUAAUUUGUGACAGAUAAAUGUUGCUGUCAAAAUAUUCUCUUUGCAAACCGUUCCCCAGGGCCGUAAAUUAGUGCAAUGAAUUCUGAAGAGCUUCAAGACCAAAAGGAAGAUAAAAGUGACCCUCUCCCUUCUGCCUCUGAGGGCUGGAGUCUGCACUACAUGACGGGUGACCUGUUCUCCUGUCCUGCAGAUGAGGCUUUGGCCCACUGCAUUAGCGAAGACUGCCGCAUGGGGGCAGGCAUCGCCACGAUCUUCAAGAAGAAAUUUGCCGGCGUUGCAGAGCUGAAAGCGCAACAGAAAACACCUGGAGAAUGUGCUGUGCUGAGUCGUGGAGGACGCUGGGUGUAUUACCUGAUCACCAAGAAGAAAGCUAGCCAGAAGCCCACCUAUGAUGCCCUCCGGCAAAGCCUGGAGGCCAUGAAACUGCACUGCCUGGAGAAUGGAGUCGGCAGCCUAUCCAUGCCACGGAUUGGCUGUGGAUUGGAUCGUCUGAAGUGGGAGAAAGUGUCUUUGAUGCUUGAGGAGAUCUUCAGAGACACCAAUAUUUGCAUUACUGUAUACACAUUAUGAGACAUUUUUUUUGCCAUUCGAAUAUGAUGCCUUUCUGUUGAAGUCUUUCUGAACUGAUAAAGUGUUCUCAGCCAUUUGAAUGCUAAUUUUGUUUGCAGGCUGCUUUUGAAUGUUGAAUGAGUCAAUUCCACAAUUUCUGUAAGUUUGAUGAAUGUGUGAAGUACUACUGUACCACUGUUGAUGCCACUCAUAAAUUUGGACUUUUAUACAAAGCUUUCAUAACUCCAAUCAGACUAUUAAAAAUAUAGACAUUAAGGCUGUCUUAAGCAAACAUUGAAAUAUAUCAUUAAAAAGGAAAGUUUGAUAUUGAUUAUAGUUCACAGAAGGUAAAAAAAAAAAAUGUUAUCCACUUAAAAAACUUCCUCUUCCUUUUCCCUACACCACGUUUCUAGUGGAUCUACUUCACAAGCAUUUCCAAUUAUGAAUUUAUCUGAAGCUAUACAUUGUACAUUUUAAAACCUACGCCUACAAAGAGCAAAGGUGGUGCAUAUUUCCACUUCUAUUCAAGGUCUGGAUAUUGUCAGGACUAAAUAGAAGUACCUUGGUUUUGAAACCGAUGAUAAACUGAGCUUUAAAAUCUUGCCACAGUAUAUUUUAUGACAACCUACCUCUUUUAAUGUUGAUACGUUUUUAAAGCUCUUAUAAAAAAAUAUUGCCUACUGCAAAA